AACUAAACACAUCCCACUCUGAAAUUUGCUCAAGUUCAGUUUCUCUUAGUUUGAUCGAUCAUGGCGAUGAACAUCCUCUUGAUUAGCGCGAUCGCCCUAUCUUUCACCUUUCUUGCACUCGCCUUCGAGCCGAGCCCAUUGCAGGAUUUCUGCGUCGCAGAUCCUACCAGCUCAGCAAGAGUGAAUGGCCAAGUUUGCAAAAACCCUGCUUCAGUUGUAGCAAACGACUUCUCCUUCAGCGGACUGCAUAUGCCCGGGAACACCUCGAACCCUAACGGCUCGAGGGUGACCGCAGUCACAGUAGCCCAGUUGGCGGGGCUCAACACCCUCGGAAUCUCCAUGGUGCGCAUUGACUACGCGGCGUGGGGAAUCAACCCUCCCCACACUCACCCGAGAGCCACCGAGAUCUUGACGGUCAUUGAAGGUUCACUUGAAGUAGGGUUUGUGACCUCCAAUCCUGACAAUAGCCUCAUCACAAAGACCCUUCAGAAGGGCGAUGUUUUCGUGUUCCCGAUCGGACUCGUUCAUUUCCAACGCAAUGUGGGGACUAAAAAUGCAGUUGCCAUAGCUGCAUUGAGCAGCCAGAAUCCAGGAGUGAUCACCAUUGCCAACGCUGUUUUCGGGUCGAAGCCCGACAUUAGUAGUGAUAUUCUCGCCAAGGCCUUCCAGGUUGAUAAGACUGUUGUGGAUCAGCUCCAGACUAAAUUCUAGGAUUCCGCCAUGAACUCAAAUCAACCAAUCAGAUUUCUCUCUUCUAAAUCAUAUUUGGUCUGAGUUUUAUUGUGUGAUUUGUUGUUGUAGUUUUCUUAAUUUCCUUAAUUAGCUUUUUCUGCGUGUGUAACAGGUUUUUAUUUUCUUGUUGUUUGAUGCUUGAAUAGGAAAAAAUUUCUUUGAUUCUC